AUGUCUGUUCCCGCCUUCUCCGAUAUUGCCAAGCCGGCCAACGACCUUCUCAACAAGGACUUCUACCACCUGUCCGCCACCACCUUCGAGUUCAAGGACACUGCCCCCAAUGGCGUCGCUUUCAAGGUGACUGGCAAGUCCAGCCACGAGAAGGCCACCUCUGCUGCUAUUGAGGGAAAAUACACCGACAAGCCUUCUGGCCUCACCUUGACCCAGACCUGGAACACUGCCAACGCCCUCGACACCAAGCUCGAGGUUAACGACACCCUCGCCAAGGGCCUCAAGCUCGAGGGUCUCUUCAACUUCCUGCCCGCCACCGCUGGCAAGGGCGCCAAGUUCAACCUCUUCUUCAAGCAGCCCGGUUUCCACGGCCGUGCUUUCUUCGACCUGCUCAAGGGCCCAAUCGCCAACGUCGAUGCCGUUGUCGGUCACGAGGGUUUCCUCGCCGGUGCCUCUGCUGGCUACGACGUCAACAAGGCCGCCGUCACUGCCUACUCCGCCGCUGUCGGCUACGCUGCUCCCCAGUACAGCGCUGCCAUCACUGCCACCGACAACCUGAGCGUCUUUGCCGCUUCUUACUACCACAAGGUCAACAGCCAGGUCGAGGCUGGUGCCAAGGCUACCUGGAACUCCAAGACCGGCAACACUGUCGGCCUCGAGGUUGCCAGCAAGUACCGCAUCGACCCCGUCUCCUUUGCCAAGGUCAAGAUCAACGACCGCGGUAUUGCCGCCCUUGCCUACAACGUCCUCCUCCGUGAGGGUGUCACCCUGGGUCUCGGUGGUUCUUUCGACACCCAGAAGCUCGACCAGGCCACCCACAAGCUCGGUGCUAGCUUCACCUUUGAGGGUUAA